AUGGCGAAGGAAGAUUUAAGUGUUCUGACUAUUGCAUUCAGUUCGUUGGGAGCUCUCAUGCUUCCUAUCUUUCUUUUCACCUUCUUAAUCGAAGGUUUCCCCUUUCGCAAACAAAUUCUCAAUCCGUGGAUGAUAGCAACUUUGACUGAAUUCUAUAUCAAUGCUAUCAUUUUUAGUGUUUGGGUUGCUUACAAGGAAGCAAAUUGGAUCACCUCAAUUAUAUGGGUUAUGUUACUUAUAUGCUUUGGAAGCAUUGCUACAUGUGCUUAUAUUGUUGUGCAAAUUUUGAAGUUAACACCAUCUCAAGAAUCUUCAGAUCAUAUGUAUUAUAUCAUGUUGCGGUAUGUAUACAGAAAUACAACAGUAGAGAAUGGCACAGAACUAAAAACAAAGUAUUCUUUUGUUCUGACUCUAAGAAUAUUUUUCAGCAUUUUGGGUGCUGUCAUGAUUGGAACCUUAGUAUACACUCUUGUCACUGAUGGUUCUCCUUUCCGUAAAGAGCUUUCGACUCUGUGGAUGUUAGCAACACUGGCUGGCUUUUACAUCAAUGUUUUAGCUCUAAUAGUAUGGGUUUCCUACAAAGAAUCUAGUUGCAUUUGUACGGUCUUUUGGAUAGUUCUAUUCGUAUGUUUUGGCAGCGUCGCUACUUGCGCCUAUAUGUUGUAUGGCAGCUGUUCCAGAUAUCUUGUUCUGAUCCUGCUUACUUUAUUUUAG